CCUUAUGUGGUUAUCAGGUGCAACUACGGCUGGCAGGGCCAGUUCUGUGACGAGUGUCUGCCGUACCCCGGCUGCUUGCAUGGGACAUGUAUCAUCCCCUGGCAGUGCACUUGUGAGAAGAACUGGGGCGGCCUCCUCUGCGAUAAAGAUCUGAACUACUGUGGCACGCAUCAUCCCUGCGUCAACGGCGGGACCUGCAUGAACUCUGAACCUGAUGAAUAUAACUGUGCCUGUCCUGAAGGGUACUCUGGCAAGAACUGUGAGAUCGCUGAACAUGCGUGUGUUUCCAACCCCUGUGCGAACGGAGGAACAUGUCACGAAGUCCCGACCGGAUUUGAGUGCCAGUGUCCACCAGGCUGGGAGGGACCCACUUGUGCUAAAGACAUGGAUGAAUGUGCCUCCAGCCCGUGUGCGCAAGGCGGAACAUGUAUUGACCUGGAAAAUGGCUUUGAGUGUGUCUGCCAUCCUCAGUGGGUUGGGAAGACGUGUCAAAUCGAUGCAAAUGAAUGUAUGGGGAAGCCUUGUGUAAAUGCUCACUCUUGCAAAAACAUGAUUGGUGGAUAUCACUGUGACUGCUUUCAAGGAUGGGCCGGACAGAACUGUGACAUCAAUCUCAAUGGCUGCCAUGGACAGUGCCAGAAUGGAGCAACAUGCAAGGAGCUGGUUCAUGGAGGUUACCACUGUCAGUGUCCUCCAGGGUUUGUGGGCUUGCACUGUGAAGUUUCAAGGAACAAAUGUGCCAGCGGUCCUUGUCAAAACGGCGGCCACUGCCAUGUCAUUCUGGACAGCUUUGUUUGUGAAUGCUCGCCAAACUAUGCAGGGAUGCUCUGUGAGGUGGAGAGUCUAUCUCACCCAAACCCCUGUGAAUCGAACCCCUGUCAGAAUAAGGCUUUGUGCUACAGUUUGCCUGGUGACUUCUACUGCGCCUGUCCUGAAGACUACGAGGGCAAGACAUGUGAAAACCGCAAGGACCACUGCAAGACAACCCCUUGCCAAGUGAUUGACAGCUGUACAAUAGCUGUGGCAAGUAACAGCUCAGAUGGGGGUGUGAGAAACAUCAACUCUAAUGUGUGUGGUCCUCAUGGCCGCUGUAUCAGCCAGCCGGGCGGCAACUUCACCUGCACCUGUGAGCUCGGCUUUACAGGAACCUACUGCCAUGAGAAUGUAAACGACUGUGUGAGCAAUCCGUGUCGAAACGGAGGUACCUGCAUCGAUGGGAUCAGCUCUUUCCAAUGCUUCUGUCCGGACGGCUGGGAGGGUGACCUUUGCGACCUCAAUGUGAACGAGUGCAGUCGGAGCCCCUGUAAGAAUGCCGGCCGCUGUGUGGACCUGGUCAAUGACUUCUACUGUGAAUGUGCCAAUGGCUGGAAAGGAAAGACCUGUCAUUCACGUGAAAGUCAGUGUGAUGCCGCCACGUGCAGUAAUGGAGGGACCUGCUAUGACCACGGAGACACUUUCCGCUGCGCCUGCCCUCCUGGAUGGAGAGGAAGUACAUGCAACACAGCAAAGAGCAGCACUUGCGCCUCCAGCCCCUGCCUGAACGGAGGAACGUGCGUGGGUGGUGGUGACACGUUCACCUGCAUCUGUAAAGACGGCUGGGAGGGGCCCACCUGUGCUCAGAACAUCAACGACUGUAACCCUCACCCCUGCUACAAUGGAGGAAUCUGCGUGGACGGGGUGAACUGGUUCCGUUGUGAAUGCGCCCCUGGAUUCGCUGGACCCGACUGUCGUAUCAACAUUGAUGAGUGCCAGUCGUCACCCUGCGCCUAUGGUGCCACCUGUGUAGAUGAGAUCAAUGGCUUCCGAUGUGUCUGCCCACUCGGUCGCACCGGACCUCAAUGCCAAGAGUUCAUUGGCAUUGGGAAGACGUGUCACUAUGCUGGACUUCAGUUCCCGCAUGGUAGCCGCUGGGAGGAAGAAUGCAACACUUGUCAAUGUGUCAACGGCAAAGUAGAGUGCACCAAGGUGGUGUGUGGCCGGCGGCCGUGCCUGUUGCCAGGGACGCCAGGGCGAGAGCUUCACUCCUGUCCAGGAGGUCGAGAAUGCCUGGAGCACAACUUCCUGACGUGUCUCUCUCCCCCUUGCCAUCAGUGGGGGUUUUGUUCAAGCCCUGAAGCCACCCUGUCCCUCCAAACCAAAUGUGAGCCCAACUCCGUCUAUCUGGACAAGAGCUGUGCUCGCAUCACCCUUAUAUUCAACAGGGACAAACUACCCACAGGAACAACAGUGGAGAACGUCUGCUCAGAGCUGAGGUAUAUGCCUGCCACGCGUAGCCUGGCGAAAGAUCGCAUGCUGUUGGUUCUUUGUGACCUCUCCUACAAAAACCAGGACGCAGUAGAGGUGGCCAUAUCGUUCCAGCAGGACGAGCAGCCUAACCAAAGUCAGAUCCAGGAGGCAGCUAGUACCAUAGUCAGCACACUGUCCAAACGGCACAACAGCACCGCCAUGCUUGCCGUCAUCGAGGUCAAAGUGGAGAUGCCGGUCAUGUCCCAGCCAGUGGACUACCUGGUGCCUGUGUUGUGUGUCAUCUUGUGCAUACUCUGGGUCUUCUGCGUCAUCGUCUGUGUGUGGUGGACCCGUAAGCGUCGAAAAGAGCGUGAGCGCGUGCCCACGGAGGAGAGCGUCAACAACCAGUGGGAACCGCUGAGGCCCGUGACACGGCCGCAGCACAAGGACAACCGGGACGUGCAGUACGAGCGCACCAAGCUCAUGGACUCCCCGGAUCGGACCUGCACAAGCGGGGAGGACGAAGAGGAGAUGGAGGAGGAAGAGCUAGAGCUGGUGGAAGAGUGGUGUGGGACAGAGGGGGGCAAGGGUCCUAUCCAAAAGUACUCUAAACCUGCAGCGCGGACCAAGAACGGGCUGAUCUGCACCAUGCGGAGCAGCGGUAGCGGCGACUGCAGCAGCCCUUCCCUCAAAGCACCCUACUGGACAGGCUUCAGCCCAAAGGACAACAGCUGUAAAAAUGUCAAUAAUGCCAUCACCGGCCAAGAGCACAAAGAACAUUGCGUAUGAGCUCCGUCGAGCGGGAUGAGGAGACCAAGGCCAUCUCAGAAACGGGAGUUUUUCCCAUGUGUUAUUUUUAUGUUUGACUUCUUCGAGAUGUUUUGAGGCUGAUAAAGUGGCAAAUUUCUUUAGUUCCUUUUUUAUGUACAGAGGAAGCAAAUUAUAUUUCUUUAUAAGGAGGCGGUGAGAAGCCUUGCGUUGUUUUCGGAGAAAAAAACUGCUGGAUUAGGAGCAGGACUAAGGAACUCGUGAGAGAAAGCGUAUAAAGACUUUUACGUUGUUGUUUACAAAUGGCUGUGCUUUUGGUUUUGUUUCGAGUGGCCCAAUGUCGGUGCAGACCACGUGCGGGAGGUGGGGGACGCUGGCUUCGGGGGAUCCCCCUUCAACCGUUCAUCUGUUCUCCUUCCACGCCUGCCUUACCGAGCUCGUUGUCCGUGAGGAGGGCUACGGUGCCUAUAAAGUGGCCUUGUUUUUUCUGUCCUUUCUGUCAUCUUGGCUGAAUGCUCUUUAAAAAAAAUGGAUUGCAGUAUUUUGAGUCGGUCGCAAGUGCCUUCAGACAAGCCCCUCGGUUUCAGGGUCUCCUGACCCAAUAGAUCACGACAAAGAGGAGAGGCUGGUCUUAAGAGCAGCUCCCAUAUCGCCAUCAAGGUAUUUGUUUAAACAAAGACAAGAGAUCUGUAAAUAUGUGUAUAUAAUAAAGGAGUCGCUGUGUAUAUUUGAAUUUAGUAACUUAAGUCACUUUUUUUUUUAUUAUUAUUAUUAUUAU